UGGCCCCGAGCCAGUUCAGUUAUUGCCAGCUCAACAUAUAGAUAACUCCAACAGAUGUUAAGGCAGCCAACGCGCUCGUCAGCCAAGAAAAUCGUGUAAAAAAAGGACGAACACCAAGUGCAGUUCAAUAAAAAGUGUAAAUAAACGCAGGCUCUCGAUUUUUAAGUGUAAAAUGCGACGCAUUUUAUUUGUGGCGCUGCUGGCGCUUGGUCUGGGCACACUGACUGAGGUCAGUGGCAACCACCUGCCAGAGGCUGGCCUAAACCUCAAUGAACGCUUCUUCGACGAGGUCAGGGAGCUGAUUAAGCGCCGCAUGGAGGCCAAGCAGCUGCCUUUGGCGGGCGACGAACUGGCACUGCAAAAUCAACGUAGCUACGACAAUGUGCCCAUACCAGCGGCCAGUGUGCCCGUGCCUGUGCUCGUGGAGAAUUGGCCAACAGAUCAGCAUAGCUUUGGACAAGUAACAGCUGUUUCCGUUGACCCCGAGGGCAAUCCAGUGAUUUUCCAUCGCGCUGACCGCUACUGGGAUGUAAACACAUUUAAUGAGAGCAACAUCUACUAUCUUAUCGAGUAUGGGCCCAUCAAGGAGAAGACCAUCUAUGUGCUGGAUCCCAAAACGGGCGCCAUCAAAACCGGCUGGGGCUCCGAUAUGUUUUAUAUGCCGCACGGCAUGACAAUUGAUGCGCACGGCAACUACUGGAUAACCGAUGUGGCCAUGCAUCAGGCCUUUAAGUUCCGGCCAUUUGAGAGCAAGCCGCAGCUGGUGAUUGGCAAGCGUUUCCGCCCGGGUGCCUCUGUCAAGCAACUGUGCAAGCCCACAUCCAUUGCUGUGGCCACAACAGGCGAGUUCUUCAUAGCUGAUGGCUACUGUAAUAGUCGCAUACUCAAGUUUAAUGCCGCUGGCAAACUCUUGCGCAGCAUUCCCCAACCACCCGAAUUCCUCUCGUUGCAGGUGCCGCAUGCAAUUACCCUGUUGGAGCACUUGGACCUGCUGUGCAUUGCGGACCGCGAAAAUAUGCGCGUUGUGUGCCCCAAAGCUGGCCUUAAGUCGUCGCAUGGCGAGGGUCAACCGGCGGCCACCAUACAGGAACCAGAUUUAGGUCGCGUCUUUGGCGUCAGUGGCUAUGGUGACAUAGUGUUCGCAGUGAAUGGACCCACCUCUAUGCUGCCGGUGCGUGGCUUUACCAUAGAUCCCCGCUCCGAGACGAUCAUUGGCCACUGGGGCGAGUUCAAGAAUCCGCAUUCCAUAGCCGUCAGCGUCAAUGGCUCGGCCCUGUAUGUGACAGAGACGGGCACCAACCACCAGACGAAUCGCGUCUGGAAAUACGUUUUGGCUUGAGGUACUAUUGGUUACCAAUUCACGCGCACUAGGAACGGUCGAGAGGCACACACAUAUAUCUGAGAGUCGAACGGCAUAUCCCCAAAAUAUAAAAAGAAAAAAAUAGAAUUAAACAUAAAAAAAUUAUCUCGAGCGCCGAACAACAAGCAAAGCAAAGCAUCAAAAUAGCCAUAGAGACAGAAGAAUAUGCACACAAACAGUUUUUGAUAUAAUUAAACAAGAAAUCAAUAGUAGUAAUUAAUAAUAUACAAUAUAAGUAUGUAAAUUGCUUGACAAACAAAUUACCACAACAAACGUAACCUCAAAAUUUAUGUUUUGCACUGUAAUUGAGCAAAUGGAAUUACAAAGGCAGCUUAUAAAUAUCAAAUAUAUAUAUAUAUGUAUCCAAUGUAUGCUUAUAUGUCUGUGUACGUGUGGGCGUGAAAAUUACCAAUCUAUAAAAUAUUUAAACCUUUUAACACAUUGUAACCUGCACAAAUAUAUAUAUAUACAAACGUAUAUAUAUAUAUAAUAUAUAUCCAUAUGAUUAUAAUCCAUGUAAAUUAUGUAUGUAAUAAACUGUUGUUGUUGUUGUGCAUGUAUUACAGCCUACACACAA